CUGGGCUAAAAUGAUGCUACAGACAAGAGAAAAGCUUUAGAAGAGACCAAAGCCUAUACAACCCAAUCCCUAGCUAGUGUUGCUUAUCAAAUAAAUGCAUUGGCCAACAAUGUACUCCAAUUGCUGGACAUCCAAGCCUCUCAGCUUCGGAGAAUGGAGUCUUCCAUCAAUCAUAUCUCUCAGAUAUCCCAGAAUAUUCUUUGUUGAUUAUUUGUGUCUCGUUGCAUUUCCAAGAUCAGUACUGUUUUCUCACAAUGAUUUCUGGUUUGUGAAGAAAGAAAAGGAAGACGGUGGACAUUCAUAAAGAGAAAGUGGCUCGAAGGGAGAUUGGUAUUUUGACAACAAAUAAGAAUACAUCAAGAACUCACAAAAUAAUAGCACCUGCAAAUAUGGAGCGCCCUGUAAGGUAUAUUCGGAAACCUAUUGACUAUACAGUUCUGGAUGAUGUGGGCCAUGGUGUCAAGUGGCUAAAAGCCAAGCAUGGAAAUAACCAGCCUGCAAGAACUGGCACACUGUCGAGAACAAAUCCUCCUACUCAGAAACCACCAAGUCCUCCCAUGUCAGGCCGGGGAACGUUGGGACGGAAUACGCCUUAUAAAACCCUGGAACCUGUUAAACCUCCAACAGUUCCUAAUGACUACAUGACCAGUCCGGCUAGGCUUGGAAGUCAGCAUAGCCCAGGCAGGACAGCUUCUUUAAACCAGAGACCGAGGACACACAGUGGAAGUAGUGGGGGAAGUGGAAGUCGAGAGAACAGUGGAAGCAGCAGUAUUGGCAUUCCCAUUGCCGUGCCUACACCUUCACCACCCACUAUUGGAUCAGCGGCCCCGGGCUCAGCUCCUGGUUCCCAGUAUGGCACAAUGACCAGGCAGAUUUCUCGACACAACUCUACCACUUCCUCGACAUCUUCUGGUGGAUACAGACGAACUCCCUCUGUGACUGCUCAAUUUUCUGCUCAGCCUCAUGUUAAUGGAGGUCCACUUUAUUCUCAGAAUUCAAUUUCUAUUGCUCCACCCCCUCCCCCUAUGCCUCAGUUGACUCCACAGAUACCUCUCACAGGCUUCGUGGCCAGGGUGCAGGAAAACAUUGCUGAUAGUCCAACUCCUCCACCACCACCUCCACCAGAUGACAUUCCCAUGUUUGAUGACUCUCCACCUCCGCCGCCACCACCUCCAGUGGAUUAUGAAGAUGAGGAGGCUGCAGUAGUUCAGUAUAAUGACCCAUAUGCAGAUGGGGAUCCUGCAUGGGCCCCUAAGAAUUAUAUUGAGAAAGUUGUGGCAAUAUAUGAUUAUACAAAAGACAAGGAUGAUGAGCUGUCAUUUAUGGAGGGUGCAAUCAUUUAUGUAAUAAAGAAGAAUGAUGAUGGCUGGUAUGAAGGAGUCUGCAAUCGAGUGACUGGUUUGUUCCCUGGGAACUAUGUUGAAUCAAUCAUGCACUAUACUGAUUAAAAUUUUUUGCUUUUAAAGUAGGUUCUUAUUAUUACUCAGUCAUACUGUGGGACUAUUAAUGGUUAACAAAAUUGUCUUAAAAUGUGCCCAUAUUUUCAGGACAUGCUGUUUUAUUGGUAUAAUUGAACGUCUACCUUGUAAGCAUAAAUCUUUGAGGCAGUUUGUGUAUUGCUCAACAGCAAUUUAUACAAGAGGCUGUCUAUAACUGAUUAUGCUUAUAUACUUACUUACACAAUGUUAACUUUAUGACCAGCUUAAAUAUUCUGGGGAUCUGGGGUAUAAUAUUUAACAAAUCAUGAUUCAGAUUGUACCAUUAAUGUUUCAGUGCAGCAUGGUUACUAAUGCUAUGUCAGACUAAUAUUAAAAUCAGAAACUUAAAUGCUGGUGCUGGUCAUACCUUUUGUUUAGACUCUCUCAUUCUUGAACUAUAACUAUUUGUUUAAAGCAUGCAUACAAAUUAAUUAUUGAAAUAUACUUCUUACAAAUCCAGGAUGCUUCCAAUUUGUGUGAUAUUUUCUUGGAGUACUCGUACUUAGGUCUCUUGAAAUGAAUCGAGUCUCUAAGGUUUCCAUGUGAAA